GAGAAAAAUAAACAGCAACCCUGAUUUGAAAUAACAUUCUUCCCGUUCAUUCCCUUUUGUAUCCAGGUCAGGUUUCAUCUUGGAAGCUUUGCUAGGGUUUGCUGAUUCAAAUCAUCCAUCUAUCAUCUUCCCUUUGUUUCUGCCCUUAUUAGCAGACAGUAGUUUCAGUUUCUGAUUCAGAAGCUGUUGGAAUUAUUGCAUCCAUGUCUAACACCAGCAACAAUGUGGCUGGGGUUGACAACACCUUCAGAAGAAAAUUCGAUCGAGAAGAGUAUUUGGAACGAGCUCGGGAGCGUGAGAGGCAGGAGGAGGAGGGUCGAUCUAAAUCUAAAGCUAAAGGUCCUCCAGUGCAGAGGAAACCCCUAAAACAUAGAGAUUAUGAAGUGGACCUCGAGUCCCGCCUAGGCAAGACUCAAGUUGUUACGCCGGUUGCACCACUGAGUCAGCAGGCUGGAUAUUACUGCUCUGUUUGUGAGUGUGUGGUAAAGGACUCAGCGAACUACUUGGAUCAUAUUAAUGGAAAGAAACAUCAAAGAGCUUUGGGCAUGUCUAUGCGAGUUGAACGAGCCUCUCUCCAACAGGUUCAGGAACGAUUUGAGGUUCUUAAGAAACGUAAAGAUCUUGGCACAUUCACUGAGCAAGAUCUUGACGAAAGGGUCCUAAAACAGCAGCAAGAAGAGGAAGAAAGAAAACGAUUGCGUCGUGAAAAGAAGAAGGAAAAGAAAGAGAAGGCAGUGGAAGAACCGGAAAUUGAUCCUGAUGUUGCGGCCAUGAUGGGGUUUGGUGGUUUCCGGUCAUCAAAGAAAUGAUGCCAUUAUACAUGCAGGAUGGACUUUCUGCAAUUUUGAGCAGCUUUUCUGCAAUGAUAAGCUGAAUCUACCAGCCUGAUUCCCGGUGGUUUAAAGGUCAAUCUAUGGUGAAAGGAAAUAUUAGCGGAUCCAAAAAUUGGAAGUUUGGGAGCUGGUUCUUAAUGUGACCUUUUUUUUUGGUUCUUGUAUAUUUCUUAUGAGAACUAUGUUAUGUAAUGUUAUGUAAGCUCUACACAAGUGUGCUUUGCUAUUUUAUGUAUUGGGCUUGACAAGUGACAACUACCCUUAGCUCAAUUCACGAUUAACGUUCUUGGCAAAUUAUGGAGUAGACAUUUUUGCCAUUGUUACAUUAGUUUGGAGGAUAACAGUCAAAUUAAGUACGACAUUUGAGUUAAGACUCAAUGUUACCAUGAAAUUUCACCUUGGGUUGAAAUUGAACCAUGAAAUUUCAAUUUACUCAAUAUGAUCUCCAAAUAUUCAAUCGUGA